AUGACAAUGGACGUUCAAAAUAAUUUUCAAAAUUAUAAAGAGCCGUCCCCGGACGCCAAGGAGACUAAUUUUAAUGUCGAAAGUGCGCGAUCGACGCAAAUAUCGAAGAGCGAAAUGCAAACUACUGUACUGAACCAGAACAAAACUUCGAAACGAUCUUUUGACGUCGCUUUCCUCAUGAUGCCGGAUGACAAAGUUAGACAGAAGCAGCCGGAGCGGCAACUGAGAGUUUCCAAGCAGUUGUUCAGCACAGAAGAGUGGGAACAGCCGGCUAAAAGAGCAACGGAAGUAUACAAACACCACGAUCUGUCCAUCGACGUACUUGACGAUAAGGAGCAGGACGAAGACCGGGUACGGAUUAAUAAUAAUAUUUCACCUGGCUUCGGAUCAGAUAUUAACAUAGACGUCGGAACAGAUGAAUAUCCAAGUAAAUCCACAUAUUUUAGCGAUUCUGAUACCUCUGAACGAUCUAGAAGCCGCCCAAAUUCCAACGAAAGUGCAGCCAGGCCAAAAUUUUUACCCGAAUAUAAAAGUAAAAUAUUCGAUGAUCCGACAUUGAUAAGCAUGCAAACAAGAGCGAGAUACGAUAACAGGUUCGGCGAAAAAUCUCAAGACAUGUCACCUAAAAGCGCCUUCACUAAAGUGUCGAACUUCACAGUCCGAUCACCGAAUCCCUCAGUAAGUCCUGACAACCUUCAUUAUCAGAACUCCAUUAGCCCGCCACUGUCGGCUUCGAGUCCUCCCGCUAACGCCUUCAAUAAAGCAAAUGCUUUCACCAAUUUAAUUAGCCCCGCACACCUCUUAAACGGUAACAGUUUCUUCAAAGGCCAUAAUGUGCCAUCUUCUUCCCCUAACUAUCCAGAAUCGAGCAUGUUGCCCCAAAGAACGCAGAACUUUAAAGGCAUGGAAUACCAAGGAAAGCAACCAGAACCUAAAACAUCGCAAAUAUCACCCAACAAAAUGAACUUUUUGCCAUUUAGACCAGAGAUACCGUACUUACAGGCAGGAUCGUCGUACCCUUUCGGUGUACAAAAUUUCCAACAACCGAACGCCGACUUUAUGAAGUUCCCAGUCUCGCCACGGGAGUCCGUCAGUCCACUGAUAGCGAAUCCCGCAGCAGCUAUACUAAGCACUCUGUUGCCACCGACGUUAGCUGCGUUCUCUUUGCCGGCACAGAACGUGUGCGCUAAAUGUAGCAUCAGCUUUCGAAUGACUUCCGACCUGGUGUACCACAUGAGGACUCACCACAAAAGUGAAACAACCAGUGACCCCAAUAGGAGGAAACGAGAAGAGAAGCUGAAAUGUCCCGUGUGCAACGAGAGCUUCAGGGAGAGACACCACCUGACGCGGCACAUGACAGCGCACCAGGACAAAGAAGGGGACAUGGAUGACGUAUCCCCAGCGAACUAUAAUAAAAAAGCCAAACAGUUUUAUCCUCACAACGGUUCCGUUCUUAAGUGA